CAGCCGUCUUGGCCGGUGGGUUUUUCCGUUCGAUGCAGUAGAAGACAGUAUCGUAUCGUUUCGCAAUAGUAAUCUUUAGAAGUCCAAAGUUGAUGGAAUCAUAAUCUACGUCAUCAGUCCGAAAGGAGGGUGCGCGGAAUGGGCGGAUCUCGUACAUUUCUUAUGGUGGGUUAAGUUUGCAGUAAGAACCACUGGGACUAGUAAAGUCGACGAAUUUACCUUUUGCGCUGAGUGCUCCGGAAGUGCAGUGUUGCGAAGUGCAGUGUGCCCUAGUACAGUGCCCAUCCUGGAUGUCUCCUGGAUGCGGUUCUCGGCCUUCACGGAUCAGCUGCACCAGCUCCGAAAUUUUUGGAUAAACACCUGUGAAGAUGCACUUGAGCUGCCGACACUGGUCUUAGAACGUUGUUCAGUAAUUCGACCUGACGAAGUACGAUCGAGUAAAAGUCAUACUGGUUAAUCAGAAAAAUUAUUCUGAUUUGCCAAGAUGGGCUCGUUUGUGCUGUUUGGAAUAUUCAUGUCCGUUUUGUUAAUUGUAAACACACAGGACUGCGUCCCACGCGAUUUUGGGAACGGGGGUACCGUCUGUGUUUGCAAUUCUACAUAUUGUGACGUCACACCGGAUCCAAUUUUACCGGAAACAGGAAAUCUUUUGCGAUACGUCUCCAGCAAAAAUGGUCUAAGGUUGAAUCUGAUUGAAGAAAAAUUUAGUAAUCAAAGUAUCGGCGACGUGAAAUUAAUUUUAAAUCGAAGUAUCAUGUAUCAAACCAUACAUGGAUUCGGCGGAGCAUUUACGGACUCGGCUGGAAUAAAUAUAAAGAACUUGAGUGCGGGUGCUCAGGAUAAAUUAAUGGAAUCGUACUUUAGUACCAAUGGGAGCAAAUACAGCUUCGGUAGAGUACCGAUUGCUGGGACUGAUUUUUCCACACGUAGUUACACAUAUGACGAUGUGCCAGGGGAUACGACCCUUUCGAAGUUUUCCUUAGCACAGGAAGAUUUUCUUUACAAAAUUCCUCUGAUACAAAAAGCACUCGAGUUGAAUUCAAAUCUGCGACUUUUCGCAUCUUCUUGGACAGCUCCGCCAUGGAUGAAAACGAACAACCAGUAUAAUAAAUUUGGAUUUCUUAAAACGGACUAUUAUCAAACGUAUGUGGAUUAUUUGAUAAAAUUCUUAAAGGAGUACAAAAAACAUGGUUUGGAAAUGUGGGGUAUAACAACCGGAAACGAACCGUUUAAUGCAUUUAUCUUCAGCUCUAUAUCCAAUACGGGUUGGACAGCUAAUACAUUGAAGAAGUGGAUUGCCAAAAAUUUAGGACCGACCUUACGGGCUUCGGAAUUUAAAGGCACAAAAAUUAUGGCUGUUGAAGAUCAACGAUGGGCCUUACCAUGGUUUCCUCAGAAAAUCUUUCGUAAUGAAAUUGUUAAAAAUUACACCGAUGCAAUUGCAUUUCAUUGGUACGUCGACAAAUACAUCCCUGCCUCGGUCCUUGACAUGACACAUGAUAAAUUCCCUGAUAAAUUUAUCAUUAUGACGGAAGCAUGUAUAGGAUCUUCUCCCUUUGACGGUGCUAAAGUACUUAUAGGAUCUUGGUCACGCGGGGAAGAAUACGUAUCCAACAUAAUUGAAAAUUUAUCUCAUUGGGUUACCGGAUGGGUCGAUUGGAAUCUUGCUCUUAAUGAGCAGGGUGGUCCAAACUGGAUUGAAAAUUACGUUGAUUCACCGAUAAUAGUCAAUGCCGAAAAUGAUGAAUUUUACAAGCAGCCAAUGUACUACGCGUUGGCUCAUUUUAGUAAAUUUAUUCCACCUAAUUCAAGAAGAAUUGAACUCACUGCCAGUACUGACGUAAAGUCUCUGUCUGUUACGACUCCAAACGAUGAAACAGUCAUUGUGCUCUACAACAAGAGUCGCCGUGCAAAGACUGUGUCGAUAAGCGAUCCCGAUAGAGGUUACAUAAAUGCAGAAUUACCAGGAAAUUCUAUACACACUAUAAUAUACAAAUGACAAUUUAACUAUAUAUAUAUAGCGUAACUAUAUCAGAACAUCAAUCUAAUAUACAACAUAGACAAAAUCCUUUUUAUUAAAAUAAUUAUAACGUACUGAUAUCCAUUAUUAUAGUAUAUAUACAACUAUAUAUACAUAUAAAUAUAUAUAUAUGUAUUCAUACAUAAAUAUUAAACAGAGAAAUCAAAAUCAUUCCCAUUUAUAAAAAUAACUCAAAAACCCAAACCAUCGAAUGGAAUCUCCCAAAAUCAGAAAGAAACUAUAAAGAUUACAAUCACAAACCCGCACGUGGAUUAAUCUUUCAGAACGUAAAAUCGAUAAAUCUUUCUCAUCUUCACAUGGGAAAGUCCCUAAAUCAGAGACUGGUGAACGAAAGAAAAAAAUCUGUGUA